UUUAUGCUCAGACAGGUCUGAGAUAUGCUGCUUUCCACAGUCAGCUGAGCUGAAGCAGCACAGUAUGUUCGGGACCUUCUGACUGCACCGGAGGACCUGCCGAGGGACGCGAUGGCGAGACAGUACCACCUGUACGCUAAGUUCACCCGGGUCUGGAUCCCCGACCCCGAGGAUGUGUGGAAGGCUGCGGAGAUCACCAGAGACUACAAGGAGGGAGACCCGGUCCUUCACCUCAAGCUGGAGGAUGAAACGCCUCUGGAGUAUCCCGUGGGUCCAAAGAGUAACGCUCUACCUUUCCUGCGUAACCCCGACAUCCUGGUGGGGGAGAAUGACCUCACCGCUCUCAGUUACCUGCACGAGCCCGCCGUCCUGCACAACCUCAAAGUCCGCUUCCUGGAGUCCAACCACAUCUACACGUACUGCGGGAUCGUGCUGGUGGCCAUCAACCCGUACGAGCAGCUGCAGAUCUACGGAGAGGAGGUGAUCACGGCCUACAGCGGGCAGAACAUGGGCGACAUGGACCCGCACAUCUUUGCUGUGGCUGAGGAGGCGUACAAGCAGAUGGCCAGAGACGAGAGGAAUCAGUCCAUCAUAGUGAGCGGAGAGUCCGGAGCGGGGAAGACGGUCUCUGCCAAGUACGCCAUGCGGUUCUUCGCCACGGUGGGAGGCUCGUCCAACGACACCACCGUGGAGGAGAAGGUGCUGGCCUCCAGCCCCAUCAUGGAGGCGAUCGGAAACGCAAAAACCACUCGUAAUGACAACAGCAGUCGGUUUGGAAAGUACAUCCAGAUCGGUUUCAGCCGGCGGUACAACAUCAUCGGCGCCAACAUGCGGACGUACCUGCUGGAGAAGUCCCGGGUGGUUUUCCAGGCCGAAGACGAGAGGAACUACCACAUAUUCUACCAGCUGUGUGCCUCGGCCAGCCUACCGGAGUUCAAGGAUCUCGGCCUCACCAGCGCCGAGGACUUCCACUUCACGUCUUUAGGGGAGAACAUCUUCAUCGAGGGAGUGAACGACGCCGAAGACUUUAAAAAGACCAGGGAGGCCUUCGCGCUGCUGGGUAUCAAGGACAGCAGUCAGAGCAGCAUUUUCAAAGUCAUCGCCGCCAUCCUCCACCUGGGCAACAUCGUGAUCUCCUCGGAGCGAGACGGAGAGUCCUGUCACAUCUCGGGCGACGACCUCCACCUGAAGCACUUCUGCCGGCUGCUGGGCGUGGAGCUGCAGCAGAUGCAGCACUGGCUCUGCCACAGGAAGCUGGCCACCACGUCCGAGACCUACGUGAAGAGCAUGUCCAGCAAGCAGGCCAACAACGCCCGCGACGCGCUCGCCAAGCACAUCUACGCUCGCAUGUUCGACUGGAUCGUGGAGCACAUCAACAAGGCCCUGCACACCUCCUCCAAGCAGCACUCCUUCAUCGGAGUCCUGGACAUCUACGGCUUCGAGACGUUCGAGGUGAACAGCUUCGAGCAGUUCUGCAUCAACUACGCCAACGAGAAGCUUCAGCAGCAGUUCAACUCUCACGUGUUUAAGUUGGAGCAGGAGGAGUACAUGAAGGAGCAGAUCCCCUGGACUCUGAUAGACUUCUACGAUAACCAGUCCUGCAUAGACCUGAUCGAGGCUCGACUCGGCAUCCUGGACCUGCUGGACGAAGAGUGUAAAGUGCCAAAGGGGACGGAUCAGAACUGGGCUCAGAAGCUCUACAAGCAGAACUCCGGCAGCGCCCACUUUCAGAAACCCCGUAUGUCCAACACGUCCUUCAUCAUCGUGCACUUUGCUGAUAAGGUGGAAUAUCAGUGUGAAGGCUUUCUGGAGAAGAACAGAGACACCGUCUACGAGGAGCAGAUCAACAUCCUGAAGGCCAGUCAGUUCCAGCUGGUAGCAGACCUGUUCCAAGAGAAAGACGACGUCGUCCCCGCCAAGUCCUCCAGAGUGAACGUCCGCUCAGCCAAGACGGUUCCCAAAGCGCCCAACAAAGAGCACAGGAAGACCGUGGGUCUCCAGUUCCGCAGCUCUCUCACUCUUCUCAUGGAGACUCUGAACGCUACGACUCCUCACUACGUCCGCUGCAUCAAACCCAACGAUGACAAGGAGCCCUUCUCGUUCGACUCCAAGCGAGCGGUGCAGCAGCUCCGAGCCUGCGGAGUCCUGGAGACGAUCCGGAUCAGCGCAGCCGGGUAUCCGUCCAGGUGGACGUACCCGGACUUCUUCAGCAGGUACCGAGUGCUGCUGAAGAAGUCUCAAAUGAUGUCUGCAGACAAGAAGCUGGUGUGUAAGAACCUGCUGGAGACGCUGAUUAAGGAGCCGGACAUGUUCCAGUUCGGUAAGACAAAGAUCUUCUUCCGGGCCGGGCAGGUAGCGUACCUGGAGAAGCUCCGGGCGGAUAAGUUCCGCUCGGCCUGCAUCAAGAUCCAGAAGACGGUGCGAGGCUGGCUGCAGAGAGUUCGAUACCGCAAGAUCCGGAAGUCUGCCAUCGCUCUGCAGAGAUACGGCCGAGGGUACCUGGCCCGCAGAUAUGCAGACUUCCUGCGUCUGACUCGAGCCGCCGUCAUCUCUCAGAAGCAGUACCGCAUGGUGAGAGAGCGGCGGGCCUACCUGAGGGUGAGACAGGCCGUGGUCACCAUCCAGGCCUUCGCCAGAGGGAUGUUCACCCGCAGGAUUUACUACGAGUUCCUGCUGCACCACAAGGCCAUGAUCAUCCAGAAGAGCGUCCGCGGCUGGCUGCAGAGGAAGAAGUUCAGGCGGCGCGCGACGCCGCCGUCACCAUCCAGUGUGCGUUCAGACGCACGCGAGCCAAGCGGCAGCUGCAGCAGCUGA